AUGGCGCGGACUCUUGACCCGACGAGCAAUUCGAUAUUCGCCCCACCGGCGCAACCGUUCGCCACAAACUGGACACAAGACUCGUGGUAUAAUGUCUACUCAUGGGUCAACUCGCAAUCAAACGACUCGGAAGGCGGCGAAUCGCGUUCAUCAUCGUCGUCGCAACCGCAAACUUCGCCUCAAUCCGGCUCUGGCGGCUUCGAUGAUCGUGAUCAUCCCCUACUCUGCGACCGCGACGCACCGAGCAGCCCGUUCGAUCGUCUCGAGACCUCGUCACGUCCGUCGCCGUUGUUCUUCAACAAUAACAACAACAGCAGCAGCAAAGAUGUGUGGCCGAAUCCGCUGAGCACUACACAAAACGAGACAUCCGACUAUGAUUUGAUCCAUGAGCUUCUCAAACUUAACUUGAACACGGCGGCUACUAGCUCGAAUCAAGCUGCGCCGGCUCCAGCUCGUCGCUCAUCUGCCAAUCAACUGUUCUCGUCUUCAUCGCCAUCGACCUCGUCGCCAUGGUCCCUUCCGCCCGACGAGCCGCUCUAUCGUCCCGCUCCGGUUGCCAGUCGUCAUGCUUAUUCAUCAACGAACGCCACAUGGCAAAGCGGCUCCUCCAACGAUUACGACGUCGACAUUUUCACGCAGCUCAGCCAGCAGCUCGGAAUUGCUCCACAGCCGAAGCCGCAGCAGCCAAGCGGUGUCGACAUGACCUAUAUUAUGCAACAGCAGCAGAUCGCCGCACAGCAGCAGCAACAGCAACACCUUCAGCAAUCGGCUGCUUCGUUUCCGAACAAGUCUACUGUUCAACGCUACAACAUAUUCAUGCAAAUGCAAACGAGGAUUGAUGAGACAUCGGAGGAGUACCGACAACUUGAGAAAGAGCGCAAGCAGACUGAAGCAGAACUCGCUCGUCAUCAUCUCGGCAAGAAGAUCUCGUCGUCAAACACAUUGCCGAUUCCGCGACUCCCAACAGCACCGUCGAAAGUGGAUCGUUUGAUUGUCGACUUUUUCCGCGAGCACGCGCGCAUCAGCACUCUCGUCGCCAAAAUGGAGCAGUUGACGAUGAGCAGCAUGCCGUCGGCGGUUCAUCAGACACUUGCCGAGCUUCUUGACGCCAUCACAAUGCUUCAAACGCAUCGCAACGUUGAGCGCAACGUGAUUUUGCAGAGAUUGCGCGGUGAGACGCCGAUUUACGACGACGAGAAAGAAGCGAUGGAAUCGUGCCAAAUUCUGAUGCAUGUUCGCCGCGCAGCGACACGUGUCCGCGCUGCCAACUGGUGCUGCCUUAUGAACACAUUGGGCCCAAUCGAUGAGACCCAAAUGAGUCAACUCGGUCGAAUCGUCGCUUCCGAUUACACCAUCGCGCCGCCGCCAAUUCGACCAAGACCCAUUAAAAUUUAA